CUCUUUUCUUCUCUGCUAAUUUGUGCUUUUUUUACAAAUCCCAAUUCGUAUUUUAUCAAACUCAGCAUUGCCGUAUCGGCGCAUUGUUAGCAAGGUUAUUUGAUUUUGUACAUACCAUCCCAUGAUAGGAAGAGAAGACGAGGGAAAUAGCGAUAGAACGCAAAAUCUCGGGAUUUCGAGCCCAGGGACAUAUGAGAACGUCUGGGGAGAGCCCAGCACGAACAACCGCAACACGGGCAGCAUGGAUGAGGAUGAGAACGCGGCUAGCGACAGUGACGACGAUUAUAUUCCACACUUUGACGACAACGGCAGCACACACGCAAUGUUUCCGCUGCACCGCACACGGUCCUCGCAGGAAGUGCUGAUUCAGCAGCAGGACGGUGUUGGUGGAGGCAGCGGGUUGGACAUGGACGUCAUCACCGGAUGGCUGUACAAUGGCCCGUUGCAGCGCGCAAAGUACGAUGACUUUUCGACCAUCGACUGGAUCUACGACAAUACAAAGGCGCGGCACAGCAAGAGCGAGCUGCGGGCACGCGCGCAAGACAAGGGCCGCAUGGGCCAGCUUGAGCUGCUGCUGGAUGCAUCAAAGUCCUGGGCGGUGCUCUUGGCUGUCGGCAUAUCCAUGGGGCUGAUAGCCACGUGUAUCUCGGUGUCAUCGCAAUGGCUGAUUGACAUCAAGAACGGACAUUGCCGGACGGGCUUUUACUUGAAUCGCCGCUUUUGCUGCUUGAACGCUGACAACAUGUGCUUGGACUGGGUGUCGUGGAGUGAACACCUGCGCGUGCAUUGGCGGUGGCUCGACUGGCUGCUGCAGUACUUGGUUUUAUAUUUGAUGCUAUUCUGUUUGCCGUACGCCCCCUAUGCGGCUGGCCAGGGGAUUGCCGAGAUCAAGACCAUCAUGAGCGGCUUUAUGAUGCGUAAGUUCCUGGGGCUGCGCACGCUCGGGGUCAAGUGCGUCGGCGUUGUGCUUGCCGUCGCAUCGGGGCUCAGCCUGGGCAAGGAGGGAACCAUGGUACACAUUGCCUGCUGCUGCUGCAACGUAUAUACCCGGAUGUUCAGCAGGAUACGGGGCAAUGAGGUCAAGCGCCGCGAGCUCCUCUCGGCGGCAUCAGCGGCCGGAAUAUCAGUGGCUUUUGGGUCGCCCAUUGCCGGUGUGCUUUUCAGUCUCGAGCAGGUCUCGUACUACUUCCCAGCGAAGACCAUGUGGCGGAGCUUGUUCUGCGCUGCAGUCGCUGCCAUGACGCUAAAGUUCUUCAAUCCUUUCCGCAAUGGCAAGCUCGUGUCGUUCCAGAACUGGGACCUCUUUGAGCUGUGGUUCUUUGUGGCGAUCGGCGUUAUCUGCGGCGUAGUCGGGACCUUCCAGAAUCGCCUGGCACUGUAUCUGAUGCAGUACCGUCAGCGGUCGACGCUGAAGAACUUUGCGCGCGGAGAGGUUGUUGUUGUCGCCCUAGCCACGGCAGCCGUCAGCUACCUCAGCGUGUACUUGCGCGCUGACACAGUCACCCUAGUGUCAAAUUUGUUUACAGAGUGCACUGUGCAGGACACAGAUGGUUUGUGCAGCCGCAAGGACAGGGCAGGAAAUAUUUUCUCGCUGGUGUUGACGUCAGCCAUCCGCGUCGUGCUCACUUCUGUGGCCUGCGGGCUGGCAGUCCCCGCGGGAAUGUUCAUGCCGUCAAUGGGCGCCGGCGCGAGCAUUGGGCGUGCCUUUGGCAUGGUUGUGCAGACCUUGUAUGAGAACCAUCCGACGUGGAGGCUGUUUGCUGCCUGCAAGCCCGAUGUGCCCUGCAUUACGCCCGGUGUCUAUGCCCUGGUGGGUGCUGCCUCCAUGCUCGCUUCUACGACACGAAUGACCGUCACCGUGGUCGUCAUCAUGUUUGAGCUCAGCGAUGCGCUGAUAUAUGUCCUGCCCAUUAUGCUGGCCGUCACCGUCAGUAAAUCCAUUGCUGACUCUAUCGAUAAGGACGGCUACUUUGAGGGCAUCAUCAGUCUCAACGGGUAUCCGUUCUUGUCCAUGGACCAGGAGUACGUCCUCCAGGGCACCAGCGAUGAGCUCAUGACCUUGCGUGGAAUGGCCGAGGUGCUGGAGACUUCGCCGUACAGCGGCUUCCCAGUGGUCAAGUCCAAGAGCACAAUGUCGGUCGCCGGGUACAUAUCGCGCUCAGACCUCCAAAUGAUUGUCGAUCGUGCGCUAUUGUCUAGCGUGUACUCAGACUCAUCGACUUGCUGCUUUUUGUCGCGCCCACAGGACUCGGGCGAUUUUGCUCGGAAUAUGGUGGACUUUAGGCCUUGGGUCGACCAAACGCCCAUCACCAUUUACCAAACACGGAUCUUAAUGCAGCUGGGAUUGCGGUAUGUGCUGGUUACGCAUUUUGGUAUUUUGUUGGGUAUCAUUACAAAGAAGGAUAUUGUCAGGGCAGUGCGCAUGCAGUCGAGGAAUAACUAUGGUCGGCCCUCACUGAUCAGUCUGAUCUCUCGCAGCUCUCUGACCCGCCGGUGGACUGGAUCGCCCCGCACUCACAGCGGCCAGCCGAGCCAGCCUGCCAGGUCUUUGGCCGCGCUGUCUUCGGAAUCCCAUGUUUUGUGAUCAAUGCAAUGCAAUUGAAAAUUUUAUUGAUUCGACGAGAGAUCAGAGCUUUUAAAGUUUUGCGUGGUCUGUGGCUUGCAAUGAAAUCAAGUUUGAAGCUAAUUUGGUCUGACCAAUCACAAAGCAAUAAAAUAAACGAACGCGUUUUUUGCGUUUUGUAUUAUUUACGCGUGCGUAUGCGCGUAUUUUGUAUGCGUGUUUUUUUUGACGACGAUAGGCGGUUGAAGGAACCCGCAGCAGCAGCAGCGAACAGCAAAUAAAAAAGUGCAACGUUUACUUUUAGU